AUGGAGCCACAAGACAUAUCCACAGCAGCUAAUGUACACCCCGUAGAGCUUUGUGUCUACUCGGUCUUGUCGAACAACCUCGACGGCAUCUAUCAAUCUGUUAAUGAAUUAAGAGAGUCUCAAGCACUUCUCGUGGUAAAACUAAGGCAAAUAAGAGCUUCUUUAAAGGAAGAGCACGAUUUUUAUACUGAAAGCGAGGGACUCAGAGAUGAGUGCAACCGAUUGAAAGAGCUCAAAGAACGGACGGAUGCAUUGGUGGAAAAAUAUAAGGCGCUAUUGAAUGCGUGUUUAUAA